GUUCGGCGUAGAUUCUGGCGUAGACUAGUUUGCAUCUUCAUAGCUUGAUAAGGUAGUAGCUACUACCAACCGACGCAAAGUAAUAGUACGGGUUCGGUUUUAUUUUUGAAUCGAUAGUUUCGGAUCAUUGCUCUUUUCGGUUGAUAACAGGCAAAUUUUCAUUAGUGCAAAGUACGUACCAUCUCAGUAUGAGCUACGAUGAGGUCACCAUGUGCCUCGAUGGAAAAGAUGGCGCCACGGCCACCCUGCCGAAGGCAUCCUACCAGAAAAUGCUCGAAGACAUAGUCCACCGGGAGUUGGACUCGGACGACGUCGCCAUGGAGCUGAGUGCCGGCUCGAACAAAGGCGACAACUACAUGGGGGUGGUCUUCCGGGCCCAGGCCGAGUGUCGUCAAAGCGGUAAGAAGCUGAACGUCAUUAUCAAGCUGCCACCACAGAACGAAGCCCGGCGAAAUCAAUUCUUCACUCGUCCCUCCUUCGAGAGGGAGAUCAGCUUCUACACGGAAAUCUACCCGAUGAUGGUGGAGUUCCAACGGGAGAAGGGAAUCAACGUGGAGGAUGGCUCGGAAGCUUUCAAUCAGAUUCCGCACUGCUAUCAGACCAGUUUGGUAGAACUGGAAGAGGCCAUCAUGAUGGGAGAUCUGAAAGAAUUCGGCUUUGAGAUGUUCGAUCGGCAUCAGGAGCAGAAGUUUGAACACUUCGAGCUGGUGAUGCGGACGCUGGGUCGGUACCACGCCUUGUCAUUAGCCCUGAAGGAUCAACAUCCGGAGCGGAUCGAGCCGCACAAGAGCAUGGUAGAGCUGUUCACCACCAGGGAAGAUGAUGGACAGAUGGAUCAGUGGUUCACUAUGCUGACCACUCGUAUGAUGGAAGCGCUGGACCAAGAACAGGACCCUGAGGUAUACGAAAAGGUAAAGAAUGCGAUGGAUGGCACAUUUAUGGACAAAAUCAAGGAACUGACCAACGGAAAGCUAGCCGAGCCAUAUGCGGUGAUCUGCCAUGGAGAUUGCUGGAACAACAAUAUGCUGUUCAAGCAUGAGAACGGCAUCCCUGUGGAUAUUCGGUUACUGGACUGGCAAAUCGCGCGAUACGCAUCUCCAGUUCUAGAUUUGAUGUACUUCCUUUUCACCGCGUCAACCAAACGCUUCCGAGACAAGCAUUACGAAACCCUACUGGACAUCUACCACCAGAGCCUGUCCAGUUUCAUGCGCCGGCUAGGAUCAGACCCGGAAAAACUCUUUCCCCGGAAAGCCCUAGACGACCAGCUGAAGAAAUUUGGACGGUUUGGACUGUUUAUGGCGGUGAUGCUUCUCCCAGUGAUCACCACUAAAAGCGAAGACGUGCCCGAUUUGGAGGAGAUGGCAGAAAAGAUGGAAAGUGGAGCGGACUUAUCCGCCGAGGUUGACAAUUUCCGAUCGGAAUCGACGGAGGGAAUCUACCGGGAGAAGAUCGUCGGUUGUUGUCAAGAUAUGGUCCAGUUGGGGUACAUUUAGAGGAAGAAGUAAUGCCCAAAGAAGUUUUACAGUAUUUUUGUAAUUAUCAUUAUCCGAGGAGACAAAAAUCCUAGAUGUAGUUUCCGACAGGGUCCUAUAUUCUGUGCCCAAGGCGCAUAUCCAGUUACGAGUAUAUAAUUAUACGAACAAUA